CAGUUAGUCCGACAGUUCUUUCACAGUUUCAACAUCAACAACCUACUGCGUUUUAGUUCGCGGUUUUGAGCAUUUUUUAUUUUUAUUUAUAUUCGCGAAGCAAACUGUUUUGAGGUUAGAGGUUAGUGGUAUCUUGCUAAAUCAAGUUUGAACAAUAGUAAAUAUUUAAUCAGAUAAUUAAGGAAUACAAAUUAUUCUAAUGAGCAGUUUCGGAUAGUUUAAUGGUGAUUAGUAUAAAGAAACAUUUGAAGGUGUGAAGUUAUAGGUACACAUAUUAAACAAGAAUAAUAUACAUAAAAGAGAUAAUUCAAGAUGAAGCACAAAUAUGGGCUUGUUGUUCUACUGAUUUGUCUGCCAGUGAUACUGAGUAUAAGAGUUCCUCCCAAUCCAUGCCCUAAUAUGUUUCAGUACUACAAAGAUCCACAAGGAAGAAUAUACGGAGAAGCGCAAAUACCAUACGAUAACGCCGAGUUGUUAGUAUUUAGUGUAAAUGCAUCUUUCUUGGGAAGUUUUACCCAACCGAAACUAAGACUGGAAAGAUUAACUGAACUAAAUGAACUAAACGAUGGUACGUCGCACGUUAUAUACAACAUAUUUUUUCCAUUUACCAACGUUAUACCUAAAAUAACUGGACUCACAUAUAACGAUAGAAUAUACUGUAGUGGUCCUGCUGAACCAGUAAUACCAGGAGAACCCGGAAUAACUAACGUUUGGUCGCAAAUCAGCUUCCAGUUUUCUCGAAGAGAAAAGGGCUUCUACAAAAAGGAAACUAAGCCAGAUUCUUCAGAUGACGAUAUUCCUGUCAAAAGGCCAAAUGAAAAAGCAACUCCACCUCGACCAAAGCCGACUCCAUCCAUCUACAUUCCAACACAGCCUGAGAUUCCAGUACGGCAGCCUGACUCAUGGGUGACACCUACUCUGGACCAACGACCUCCCGGUCCUAACCCUACUGAUGCUGAUCCGGGUCUAAUUGAUCAGAAACUUAUCGACAACCUCUUUACCACAUUACCAUUUACCAGUCCAUCCCCACCGGCAACAUUUACAUCUCCAUCUUUCAAUAGCGAUUUCAAAUGCGGAGUGGCAAGUAACGAACAAAAGAAAAACGAAUUAGUACCCUUUAUAUUAGGAGCUACUGACACUGAAAUUGGACAAUACCCUUGGCUGGUCGCUUUCUUCUGGAAGAGGGGAUCCAAAUAUGACUACAAAUGCUCCGCCACUUUGAUUUCAGAUAAACAUGUUCUCACAGCUGCUCGUUGCGUUCAGUACUAUAAAGUUCAAGUGGUAAAAACCGAAGAAAUAUUCUUAGUAAUGGGUACCAACAACUUAGAUAACUGGAACAGUAAUGGAGCUGUAACGAGGAAAGCUAGGCGAGUGGAUGUACAUCCGUCCUUUAUGCAAAAUUCAAAGUCUGCUCAUGGGGACAUUGCUAUUAUUUCAGUUGAUCGUCCAGUACAAUUUUCCAAUGUCCUAAGUCCAGUAUGUCUAUGGAAAACAGACAACACAGAUCUCUAUCCUCUGGUCAAUAAAAUGGGAGUAAUAGCAGGUUUCGGCCAAGACGAGAACUCUCCCCAAGAAGGUUUGAAGCAUGUUUUGAGAGCAAAACGAGCGGACAUGCCCAUUGUAGCUCAAAGCGAAUGUUUGACAAGUCCCCUGGGAUUCCAAGACGUAACGUCAGAUAGAACGUUCUGCACAAAAAGCGGCGAAACACUGACAGGUCCCUGCACAGGAGACACUGGUGCAGGAUUCUUCAUAUCCAUGGACGGAGCAUACUAUCUAAGAGGUAUAGCAUCGGCUAUUCCAGACAAAGACGGAGUAUGUGAUUUGUCAAACAGAUACUCAGUGUUUUGUGAUGUUGCCAAAUUCCUGGAUUGGAUAAGAGACCACUUGACGUAAACUGAGUGUAGUCUAGAUAAACUGUGAUCUAUAGAAUACUUUGGACAUUUAUUAUUUGCAGGCUGUAUGUUGAGUUUUUGCCUCUGUUUUUGUAAGAAAUGAGGCUACAAUAGAACGUGUCAUUUAUUUAGAAUUUCUUAUAGAAUAUUACUUCGUAAGUAAUGCAAUAUGUUGCAUUGUAUGACGAAAUGUAAUUUUUUGAUGAUAUGAUCAUAUAAGUAAAUAUUACCCAGCUUAAAUUCAACUAGGACUAUACUAGAAUAGCUAUAGAGCUAUUUUCAAAAAAAUAUUUUGAAAAACGAUUUUAUUAUACAUAUGGAAUAUAAGUUUUGACAAUCGAUAAAAUCAAUCAACAAAAUGUAUUUUAAAAUCUCUUAAAUCUUUGUCAAAAUUUGUGGUCCAAAUAGUAGAUAAUCAACCAAAACACCGAUGGCAUUACAAUGUUUUUCAGGCAGUACAUUUUUGUACAAUAAAUGUAUUUAUUUUUAGGUUAAGGUAAGAGUGCGUCGAUAUUAGAUUUAAUAAAUAUUUUAGAACGUA